GUGGUUAUUUUAUUUUAUUAUGGUUAGUACAUACUGUAAAUUCUACCUUUAUUUUGAUAUCGAAAAGUUACUAAUCAUAUGCGAAUAUUUGUGAUUUUUUGAAGAUUAAACACGAUUUUAAAUCUCUGUAGUGAAUUUAUAAUUUUAUUAAAAAUGAGAGUCGUAUAAGAUUAUAUCUGUUUUGCAAAUAAAGUGAAAAUAACUGUAAUUAAAAUACUUGUCUCAUAAAGAAUAACAAGCCGGUGGCGCGAUGUUGACAAAUAUUUUAUUAUCUCUACCAUACUUAUUUGUUAUAAGCUCCGUAGAUAAUGUGAAGGGUGCACAAGGGUUGGGAAAUUUAGUAAAAUCUCCAAAUGGAUUGGAUUUAUUGAGUGGUUGUGCUUUAUUAGAAAAGCAAUGUUCGCAUUUGUCUGACGAUCUCGCCAUAUUAUCUUGUACGCUCAAUGCAACCCGCAACAACAAAACACAAGUGCCAUUUCCAUGUCAACACAAAAUUUGGAUGCGCCAAGUGGAGUUACUUGAUAAUACAUUCCUUGAGGACAAAUUAAAAGAGCCAUGUCAAGAUGAUCCAGUGAUAUCUGAUUGCCUCAACCCUAAUGAGUAUGGAAUAGAUUGCAUUUUAAAAAAGAAACCAAGUAUAAGAAAUAAAAAUUGCUGGAGAAUGAUUAAUAAGAUUGAGUCUUUAAUUUUCAAUGAUUGGCAAAUUACAGUUAAUUUUCUGAAGAAUUGUUAUGAUGAUAUCCAAAUUCAGACAUGUGGCAGAAUCCCACCUGAUCCAAAAAGUUUAUCACAGACACAGACAUUGAAAUGUCUCCAGAAUAAAGAGCAGAUUUUGAAACCUGAUUGUCAAUCAGAAAUGUCAGUAUUAAACGAAAUGAAAUAUAGUACUUUGCAGCUAGACAAACUUGUGUUUGCUGCUUGUAACUUGGACCAGAAAAGCAUUUGCUCAGAUGAAGUGCCCGGAUCAUGGUUGAUGUAUAAAUGUCUCGUUAGCCAUAAAAAUGAAAUAGGCAUGACAAGGAGGUGUCAGGAUCAAUUAUUUUAUGACCAAAGAAAUAUGGUAAUGAAUUAUAGAAUGAGCAAAGGUUUGGUAAAGGCUUGCAAAGAAGAUAUUAGAAAAUACCGUUGCAGAAAAGGAGUAGUAGAAGACAAAGAUGUUAGACUCGCACAAAUUUUAUUUUGCUUAGAAAAUGUAACUCGAAAUGACAAUACCACUAAACUUUCCAAUGAAUGUGUAGCUGAAAUGAAUGAUCACAGAAAAAUGCUUAUGGAUGAUUAUAGACUCUCACCAGAAUUGAUGCAGAACUGUGCAAACGAUAUAACAAAUCUGUGUAGAGGAGUUGAAACUGGUGGCAAGACAAUACAUUGCCUUAUGGAUCACGCUCGACCUAGGAGAAGAAAAGAAAAAAGAAUAAGUAUUGCUUGUCAGAAAUCUUUAGAGAUUUUGGUUCAAGAGGCUGAUCCAGGGGAGGAUUGGAGGGUAGAUCCAAUCUUACGUAAGGCUUGUAAAGCUGUGGUUGACAGAGCUUGUAGGGAAGUAAAUGGUGGUAAUGGAAGAGUCAUGUCUUGUCUAAUGGAAAAACUUGGUACUGAGCUUAUGUCCAGUGAGUGUGAAACAGCAUUGCUUCAAAUACAAUACUUUAUCUCUAGGGAUUUUAAACUUGAUCCUCAACUGUAUAAAGCUUGUAAGUAUGAUGCAGUUACUCAGUGUAAAGCAAAGCUUCAGUGGGCUGAUACAAAUGAACAUAGAUCUGAAAAAGAUCCUUUGAUACUUCCUUGUUUAUAUAACUAUGCUUAUAAUUCAGAACUAAGGGGUAUUUUAAAACCAGCAUGUGAACAACAAGUUAGAAGAGUAAUGAGACAAAGAGCUGUUAGUGUAGAUUUAUUACCUGAAGUAGAAGACUCUUGUAUUGAUGACUUAGCAAAUUUGUGUUUUGAAGAUACUGGUAAAGGGGAAGAAAUACUUUGUUUACAGAAAAAGAUUAAAGAAUUAUCACCUAAAUGUAAAGAAGUUGUUACAAAUUUUACUGAAACUCAAAGUGGACAUAUAGAAUUGAAUGCAGUUGUUAACAUAAACUGUAGAGUUCCUAUUGAGAGAUUAUGUUCCUCUGAGUUAAAAAGUAAAAAAGAUGAGGAUGAUGUUAUGGAAUGUUUAAUCUCUCACAAAAAUGAUGCAGAGAUUAAAGCUAAUGUAAAAUGUCGUGCAGCCAUUGAACAUGAGCAAUUGAUUGCGCUUAAAAAUUAUAAAUUUACUAGAAAGUUUAAAAAUGCUUGUAAAUCAUAUGUUAUUCGGUUUUGUCCCAAAGCACAAACUAAAAGCCAAGUUGUAACUUGUUUGAGUGAAAUUGUAAGAAAUGAUACUAUAACCAGAAGGAAACAUAGUAUUUAUAGAGAUUGUCGUCAGCAAUUAAGAAGUCAACUUUUUCAACAAAAGGAAAAUAUAGACUUGGACCCAGAGUUAAAAGAGGCUUGUAAAAAAGAUUUACAAAUGUACUGUGCAACUGUCGAACAUGGUGAAUCUGCUGCAUUAGAAUGUCUUCAAACAGCUAGAAAAUUGACCGAUGGAUGUAGAAAAGCUAUAUUCUUAGUUAGAAAACAGGAAUUUACUGACAAUGCUGUUGACUAUCAUUUGGUAACGAGUUGUAAUGAUAUGAUCGAUUUGUAUUGUCACAAUACUCACCCAGCCAAAAUUCUUGACUGUUUAAAGAUACAUAGACAGAAGCCAGAUUUUGAUGAAAAUUGCAAAAUGGUUAUUGUAAAUAGGAUGAUAGAACAAAAUUUGGACUAUAGGUUUAACAACAAUUUACAAAAUGCCUGCAAAGAUGAUGUAAAAAGGUUUUGCUCUGAAGUAAUUGCAUCAGAACCCCAAGAUGUUGAACUUGAAGGAAAAGUUUUAUAUUGCUUAAAAGAAAAAUUCAGAAAAUCACAACUUACAACAUCAUGUAAGAAUGAGUUAGCCAAUGUAUUAAAAGAACAGGCUUUGAACUAUCGUCUUGAUCCUUUACUGGGGCAAUUGUGUAAAGCAGAGAUUCAAACUAUUUGUGCUGUACCAAAUGAUGCACUUACAAAUUCUGAUGGCCAGGUGGAAGAAUGUCUUAAAAAUGCUCUCUUAAAUCAUAAAAUAGUAUCAGCAGAAUGUGCACGGGAAGUUGUACAGAUCAUAGAAGAAACUGAAGUGGACAUUGAAGCAGAUCCUCUCUUAGAGCGAGCUUGUACAUUAGAUCUAUUGAAAUAUUGCAAAGACCUCGAACAUGGUGCUGGCAGGCGUUUAAAAUGUUUAAAAAUAAUACUCAAUGAUAGUAAUAGAAAAUUAGAAUCCGAGUGCCAGAAAGAACUUUCAAGUAGAUUAGAAAUGUACAAAUACGUUGCUUCUGUAAAUGUGAUAGAAAACUUUGGGGAUGUAUUAAAUGAGUUAUCAUAUUCACCAUCUAAGAAAUACUUUAUAGUGGUAUUUAUUUCUAUUUUAGGAUUAAUUUUUAUAUUUGGCUUAUAUUGUGGACGCAUGACUAAGAAAGCUAUGUAUGUUAAAAGAAAAUAGAUAAUUGUUAAUGUCAGUAAUAAAUGAAUAAACAUAGAUUUUUUUACAAUACA